CGGCUUAUGUGUUGUGAAUAGUGUCAAAAAAUAGCGGCACUGCGUGCAAUUGGGACAAGGACAAGGACAGAUACAUGGCGAAGAGUCUUGGACACGAAGCCAGAGCCUGCUAUUUGACCAGACCAAGCAUGCACACCAAGUCAACCUAUUCUCUGAAGAAUUUGUUCAAAAAAAUGUAUAUAACAGAUGCUAGUCAAAAUAGAGACAGGGACCGUGAUCGUGAUCGUGAUCGGGACCGUGACCGUGACCGUCGCCGAGGCAAUGCCAACACCGGCAACACCAAAAAAACCAGCGCUGGUGGCAGCUCGCACUCGAUUUGGUCGGACCGCAGUGGGCGCCAACAAUCUACCUCCGGAUCGCGCGGAAAGGGAGAGGGUCGCAACAGUGCGGAAGCCACACGGGAAUUGGAAAACCUAAAUCGAGAGUUCCAACGCGACAUUCGCAGGCUGGAGCAGUCCAUUUGCAACAUGGACUUUCGCGAGAAGUCUGUGGCCACCGAAUGGAUAGCCAAGCUGCAUGAUGCCAAUCCUAAUUUGAGAGAGGCACGCGCUCGCAAUGACAUCCUCAGCUAUUUGCUCAGAUGUGUGGACGAGAGUUUUAAUCGAGAGCCCUUUAACAAACCCCCACCGCUCAGCAGUUUGGCGAGCAUAAAGGCUUCAAUGCCCUUGAGCAAGAACACUGUAUGCAUGAUACCCAACGAGCUGGAUAAGCAAAAAUAUCUCACCCAACUAUAUAAUGAUUCGUACGAUAGUGGCGAUUUUUUGUCCCAAUUGCCUGUGCCGCGGGAUGGAGCUUUCUUUGUGUUGCACUUACGUCCCAACUUGUAGAGUUUUGUGCGCCUCUAUAGCUGCCAAUUUCUGAUUGCUAGAAGUCAAUACUACAAAUUCCAAAUUAAACAAAAGUUACGCGUGGUAAAA